GCUGCAGCCCCAGCGGCGCCAGCUGCGGCGGAGACCUCCGAGGAGGCUGGCGGCGCGGCGCCUGCGGCCGCAGGGAGGGCUGCUGGCGCGGCGCCAGCGGCAGCAAGGAGGGCUGCUGGCGCAAAGGAGGCCGCAGGGAGGGCUGCUGGCGCGAAGGCUGCUGCCGGAGGCGGCGGAGACAAGGAGAAGAGCGAUAUCGACAAGAAGAUCGUCGAGACGAAGAAGGUCAUCGCGCUGUACAAUGCCGCCCUGACCAACUCACGCUCGGUGCUGACGAACAUUGAGAAGGAUCCAGAUUGGUCCUGGGCGAAGGAGUCCAACCAGAAGGCGCCGCUCAUUGACGCGAUCGCUCUUCUCGAGGACAAGGUCUACGCCGACUGCAACGUCUCCAAGGUGCUCACGACUAGCCUGCCGAAGCUCCGCGUCGUGACCAACAACGACUUGCGCUUCGCAGGCUUCCUGGAGCAGGCGUGCAAGCUGCAGCAGUACAUGGAGAAGGUGAACGAGGAGACCAGCUGCCUGCUGGGAUUCCACGAGGUGAAGCGCAAGGCGGCCAUCGCCAAGACGGCCUCAGGUUCGGACGUGGCUCCGAAGAAGAAGAAAGCCAGGAAGCAGACAGGCUCUGGCUAG